AUGCACCCCCAGUCCAAACCCCCCGCCGGCCCCAUGCCCCCCGACCAAGCCCCGGCACGAUCCCGCGAUUUGGCGAACUGGCCAACGCGCUGCAGUACUCACGCGCGCGCCGCUUCGCGUACCCGCUCCUCCUCGCCACCCCCGUCCCGCCCACAGCAGCCCACCAACUCCCCCACCCACCGCGCCAACUGGCGCCCUGGCCCCGACGGGCCACCACCGACGACCGCCCACCGUCCCGGACCGGGGAGUUCCCACCGUGCGCGGGCGGGGUUACGGGGGCACCGGCGCGCCGGGGGCUGUCUCGCCACAGGGGCCCAUCCUCCAGGGCCCCCGCUGCCAGCUCCCCGCGCCCUCGGUACCGUCCACGCAACGCCACGCACACCCACGAUGGGCCUCCAUGCCCGAGCCCAGGAAGUCGAGUCCAGGUCGCCUCUACACAGACUCACCGACCAUAUUUGGGUGGUCAAAGUCCAUGCAGCAGUUAACGGUGCCAGAAAUUGGGGAGGGGGAAAUCUUAACUAUGGGGGUGGUCCGUGCACGACAAAAAUCCCAUACAAAAUGGGUGGCCCAGUUGGGCUUCUGAGUGACUUUUUGGGGACUUGGUCGUUUGAAAAGUGCUAA